GAGCGGAGCCCAGUGGAGAAUCACAGCAACGUAACGCGACACACAAUCCUGUCCUGUAAUAAUCCAGCACUUCGGUUUAGUAUAGUAUGGCAUCUAGGAGAAUGGAGACCAAACCAGUGAUAACCUGCCUCAAAACCCUCCUGGUCGUCUACUCCUUCGUAUUUUGGAUCACAGGUGCAAUCCUCCUUGCUGUUGGCGUAUGGGGCAAGCUCACCUUGGGGACGUACAUUUCCCUUAUUGCUGAAAACUCCACCAACGCCCCCUAUGUCCUGAUCGGAACUGGUACUACUAUCAUUGUCUUUGGGCUGUUUGGAUGCUUUGCAACAUGCCGUGGAAGCCCGUGGAUGCUGAAAUUGUAUGCUAUGUUCCUGUCUCUGGUGUUCCUGGCUGAGCUGGUGGCUGGUAUUUCUGGUUUUGUGUUCCGACAUGAAAUCAAGGUCACAUUCCUCAGGACUUACAAUGAAGCUGUCCUCGACUACAACGCGAAUGAUGAACGAAGCAAGGCAGUGGAUUAUGUGCAGACAAGUCUGCACUGCUGUGGAGUGCAGAACUACACCAGCUGGUUCGGCAGCAACUACUUCCCAGAGAACGGCAUCCCGCGCAGCUGCUGUGCCAACGCCAGUGACUGCAGCCAGCAGGACAUGCGCAAUGCCACCAUUGCCUCCACCAAGGUGUACCAGCAGGGCUGUUACAAUUUGGUGACCAGCUUUAUGGAGACAAACAUGGGCAUCAUAGCUGGAGUUGCUUUCGGAAUUGCGUUUUCACAGUUGAUUGGGAUGCUGUUGGCCUGCUGUCUGUCACGAUUUAUCACUGCCAAUCAAUAUGAAAUGGUGUAACGGCAAGGGAACAGGGGAGAUAAAGACUGCAUUUAUCAUCCUGAAGUUGUGGAAGACUGUGGGAGGACACCUCAAGAACACUAGCCACUCCAUUCUCAUUCUCUCUGCUCACUACUUAUUGUAGCACAUCAUUCCUUGACAUAGUUGUGCCAUGAAAACAAGCUUACUUUCUAUACUUCAACCCUUAACGAUCCCUGUCGGCCUCAAGAUCAGUGUCAACUUUAUACCAUAGGUCCUGCGCCACUGUGGACACGCAUGUAGUAUCUGGGUUGUAUAGUUGCUAUUUAAAAUGUGAAAGCAUUAACUACAUUUCUAUAAGACUAAAAAAACAAAAAAACUAUUGAUACAUUAUAGUUUUCCAUCCAGUACCUUCUUAUUUUCAGCCAAAAAGGAAAGAUUUUCAGAAAUGAUGCAAGUAUACAUGAAAAUAAUAGCACGAAAAACAAUGUAAAGAUGAAGUGCUUGAAGGGAGCACUUCUCCCGGAUGUUAGACUACAGUCUUUUAAUCUUAUUGUACAUGUAACGCUUCUGCUUUUUUGCUGCUGUAUUGAGUACAUCGCUGCAUCUGAUCCUGUGUAAUAUUAUUACUAAAAUGUGUGCAGUUGCUUUAUAUAUGAAUAUGCUUUGUAUUGUGGUUGUUUUGUUUAGUAGGUCAGUGAUCCACAAACUCUUUUCAGGAAGCUGGUUUGGGGUUUAAAUAUUUUCUUAAAAAUCUAUGGAUUUCAAAAGUGGUUAAAUAAGAACUAAAAAAAACACUUCAACAUUGUCCUUGUGGUUGUGUAUAGUGUUGCAAUGCAACUUGAGGCGUAAUGAGAAAAUAUAAAGCAUUUUAUUUUUUAAUGACAUUAUUUUGUUGUGUAGUUACCACGUUGUAACUACACGAUCUGAUUUAUAGGAGAACCUCAGAGUUAUGAACACCACACUUCUAAACUGACUGGUCAACCAAACACAACACCUGAAACUGGACACAGGGCUCCUGUAAAAGGUGUGUUUAAAUGAAAACCACAGCUUUCCUGGCUUCUUUUUUGGUUGUAUUAUUAUUAUUAUUAUUAUUAUUAUUAUUAUUAUUAUUAUUAUUAUUAUUAUUAUUCCUCAUUUUAAAUGUGUAAACCUUGUAUUAAUACAGUACACAUACAAUACAUCAUUGAACAGUUUCAGAGUCACAAACAUUUCAGUCUUAUCAGCAUUCUCCAUUCCCUUUGUGUUCAUAACUGUGGGGUUCUACUGUAGUUAAGUGAUAACUACACUUUGAAAUGAAAGAAGAAAACAGUCCAGAACCGUUUCAUGAAGACUUUAUUCCACGCCCAAUAGUCUUUUUAAACAAAUUACGAGCUCAAGCUUUGUGAGGCCUACAAAUAAUGAUUUCAAAAAUAUGGCUGUCACUUUAAAUUUGUCUGGGGAAUGUACUUUGUCCUGCUAUAGCUCUAUUCAGUUGCACAUCAGAAACACACAGUGCCUCAUGAAUAUCAGUUGUGCACUUCUGCAUUCUCUUGCAAAUCAGUGCAGCUGCUAACUGUAAAAUCACAUAAACUCCCUAUUUGCAAAGCUAUAGACUGCCUCUUGAAAACCCUGCUGGAAAACACUGGAAAAUGUUGUUCUUCUACUGAAAUGCCAAGCACCUGUGCAUUUACAGUAGGUCUAAAUGGCUUCUUGCCCUGUAUUAGAUCACUGUUGCAACUGCAUGGGGGCUCCCUUGCAGUCCUGGGUGCAGGAGUAAAGGGAGCACUGUAACCUUAUUUAAUAAAACUGUGAUGUGAGUAACUCAGGCUGGAUGAUUCAAAAGCAGCCUUUUGUACUAUUUUUUGUGUACUGUACGUGUUUAUUGCCUUGUUUUGAAGUUGUUGCAGGCUGCCACCAGCGAUGUUUGUGUAGGUGGAUCAGUGUUGAAAGCAAAUCUAGAAAAUUCUGUAGAAAAUAACUCCAGUUUGAAGGGAUUAGAAAAGUUUGUAUAAUAAAAAUAAAAUAAAAAAACUUUUUAAACUCAUCACCAGUUAGCAUGCCAACAAAAGUAUGUUGAUAUUGUAAGCAAUUGUGAUCUUUAAUAAUAAACAGUCAUUACAA